AUGGCCUCAGCCGAGAGAACAGAUGCCAGCUUCCGGAGACGGCGGAAUGCUUGGGACUGUCCGCCAUCCAAGCGACAAGUGGUGACGAUCGUUGUGUGCAUCGGGAACGCCGUCGCUUUUGGCUUCUUUUUCUUCCCCCUUUUGAAUGAGCCCUCUAAAGUAAUACUUAGCAUCAUCUUCAGCAUCUCCUUUGCGCUGACGGCCGUAUUUGGCAUUUGGACCAUGACCGUGGACCCCAUGGAUGUCAACGUGACCCGGGCUGAAGCUGGGCAGCGUCCAGAAAUGGAUGCCAGGGCCUACUGCAAAAAAUGUGACACCUACGUGCGGACGGAUUCGAAGCACUGCUAUGAUUGCAACAAAUGCGUCUCAAACUUUGAUCAUCACUGCCCAUGGCUUAACACAUGCAUUGGCACACGAAACUACUUCUAUUUCUAUGCAUCCAUUUGGUCUCUUCUUGUGAUGCUCGCUGUAAGCUCGACUGCAGGGGUAUGGGUAAUGGCAGAAUUUGCCUUAUACUCUACGGACGCGCUUGGCCUUGGCAGUGUGUUCUUCUGGGUCACAAGCGCAGUCCUUGCAACAGUGAACAUUCCGCUUUGCUUCCUGGACCUCACCCUGGUGGUGUUUCAUACUUACUUGUGCAUCUCGGACAAAACCACUUAUGAGCACCUGACUGGGAAGGUAUCACAGAAGAAAGCAAGGUAUCAGUGCGAGGAUGAGUCAGAGUCCUGUGAUGCCUGGAGCAGAGAGGAGAGGGGCAUGCAGCACUUUUCAGUCACGGGCCGCUUCGACCCAGUGCAGGGUUUGGCUGGCCAGCAUCCAGCAGUGGAGGAGGACAGUUCCGUGACCUCAUCAGGCGAGUCUUCCAGCGGAAGCUCCUACUAUGAAGGCGGUGCUGCUGCUGCUUUCCGCGGCCUGGCAGCGAAAGAGGGCGACCCAGAGGUGAAGAAGGAAGUGAGCAGCUUCUUUUUUGGAUCCUCCGUCACAGAGGUCGAGGAGCCUCAAUUAGCUCAGAGUCCGACGCCCACAAUUCCAGCAGAGCUGUCUCUCAGGGCGAAUGUAGGCAGGGAGCCUCUUUAA